CUUUAAGAAUGUCUGAGAAGGACCAGAAGGAGCAAAUUGAAGUGAGUCAAGCGGAAGUUGAACAAGUUGCGAAGAACGAGCAAGAAAUUGAAAAUAAGCAAAAGGGACAAAAAGAGAAGAACCAGGGAGAGGUUAUAGAGAAGGAGAAUGGAGGGGGUAAGAAGAAAGAUGAAGAAGAGAAGAAGGAGAUUAGAGAAGAAAAGAAGGGAGAGAAAGGAGAUGACAAAGGUGAAGAAAGUGAAGAAGGUGAAGGUGCUGGAGAAGUGGAGGGCAAAGAUGGAGCGGCUACUGAGGGAGAAGAGGCUAAAGAGGAUGUAAAGAAUGAAGUAGAGAAAGAGGAUGAUGCUGAUCUUAAAUCUGUCUAUGUGAAAAAUGUCGACUAUAGCGCAGAUAUUAACUCUCUUAGGGAGCAUUUUAAAGGUUGAGGAGGGAUAGCCCGUGUAACUAUCAUAUGUAACAGAUUGACUGGGCAACCCCUUGGUUAUGCCUAUAUUGAGUUCGAUAUGAUUGAAGGUGUUGAGAAAGCAAUCAGCCUUUAUAACAAAUCUAUGUUCAAAAAUAGACAGAUAACAGUAAUGAAAAAGAGGAAAAACCUUCCAGGUAGAGGCAGUAGAGUCAGAAGAGGCAGUAGAGGCAGAAGAGGUAGAAGAGCUUUCAAUACUAGAUUUGCAGGCUUUGGCAGAGGCUUUUUUGCAUGGAGACCAUAUCGUAGAGGCAGAAAUAAUCGCUAUUAA